AUGGCCAACAUGCUGAGAUCGUGGAUGAUGCUGGCAGCGCUCGUCGUUUGCCUGCUGGUGUGUUUGAGCAGCUUUGCGGACGCCUACCCUCCCAAACCGGAGAGCCCGGGGGGCAACGCCUCGCCGGAGGAUUGGGCCAAAUACCACGCAGCUGUCAGGCAUUAUGUCAACCUCAUCACCAGACAGAGGUACGGGAAGAGGUCAACCCCGGAGGACGCAGUGGCAUGGCUGCUGUUUGGAGCUGAUUCUCGCCAAGACUCUGAACCACGCUUGGACUACAAUGAUCAGUGGUAA